UAAUUUUAAGUUUUAUAUUCGGAAUUUCGAUCUUGAAUUAUACGGCGUAUUUAUCAUAAUGUUUAAAACAUUGAUGUGCGAUAUUUGUUGAAAUGUAAAUGUGUUAAUGUAUGCAUGGUGCUAAGAUGUGUGUUAAACAAAAAUAUCGGAAAAAAAAGAUUUAAUAAACAACACACUGAAUACAAAUGAAAUACGAAAUUCUAAGCUGCUUAACCAAUGUAUACGAAAGAAAGCACGUAGUGGAAGGGACGUUAGAGUGAUAAUUAGUAAAUAUCAGUUAUUUUGUCAUCGGGAGGUAUGUGGUAUCGGAUGAUAAUGCCUUCAAUUGUGGAAGAAAACUUGGCGAAAAUAGAACAAAUGAAAAUAUUAUGAGUGUGUUUGAAAUCUUAUUCAGUUAAGCUGGCUGAAUGUUUCAGCGUUGUAGUUUGUUUGGAAAAACUGACACGACAGCCAUGUUCUCCAUGUAGAAUUCCAUUUAGUCAUACUACACAUCUCGCCAAACAACCAUGGACAACGCAAGCGAUUCGGAUGCUUUGUUGGCCAACUUGAAUGCAGAGAAAGCUGACCUAAUGACGCCGGUGAUCGUGUACCUGGCUGUGCUGAUGUGUUCCGGCUUGGUUGGCAAUAUGCUCGUGGUCAUUUAUUACGGAUUCAGAGCAAGGCAAUCUACACAUUCACUUUUUAUUUGCUCUGUGGCCAUCUAUGAUCUCAUUAGUUGUGGAAUAUCAAUACCUAUUGAAAUAGUUGACCUUCGACUGUUUGUUACAUUUGAAAAUAGUGCCGCGUGCAAAGUGUUGCGAUUUGUAAACCACUUUGCAGCAAUAGGGAGUAUCUGUAUAUUGCUUGAGAUUGCAAUUGAUAGAUUUAGGCGAAUUUGUAGACCAGUCCAAAAACAGCUGAAACAUCAGCAAGUGAAGAUCGCAUGCGGACUGUCUGUCGUAGUUUCAUUAUUUUAUUCGUGGCCAGCCUUUGUGUUUUAUACAUCAGUGCCUGUUGAUGUACGAAGUGAGAACGGACUAACAGUUACUGGACACGAUUGUACAACGACGAAAGAAAAGGACUACAGUGUCUAUUUAUGGGUUUUUAAUUCCUUUUAUAUGGCUAGUUUUGUAGUUGUCGCUGUUAUUUUGUGUGUUUUGUACUCGCUAGUUGGCAGGAUGUUGGUAAAACACAAUCGAAAAAUGAAUUUCGCAAAACCUACGUCGGAGGGGAUUGAAACAUCCCUGACUGAUGACACCACAGCAAAAACAAAACAAACAGAGAGUGCUAUCUCAGACAAGGCGGAUGGAUCAACUCAACAAGCGCAGCACAAAGCCACACAGCUUGACCGUAAAACUGUGAAGUUUACAAUGAUAAUGCUGGUGAUAACAGUGGUGUUUGUCAUAAGCUUUCUACCAUAUCAAGCCCUAGUGCUGUGGCGUGUUAGCAAAGGCGGGUACGAAGCUGAUGUUUUAUCUGACGGUGGUUUGGUCGCCUUCCAAUUUGGACUAAGAUCUUAUUUUUUAAACUCAGCCUUGAAUCCUUUCAUAUAUGGAUUUUUUAAUUCAAGGUUCAGGGAUUUUGUGUAUAAAAUUGUUUGUGUCUGUAGAAGAAAGACCCAUGGAAGAAGCAAAUUUUCUUCUACGACAAGUGAUACACAGUAGCACACACAAUGCCAAUACUGUGAACAAUAAUGCAGAUAAUUGUAUUGAUGAAGGUUCUAGAAUGUGAAAUGUUAUAUUAAUGAUGUGUUUUUUUUUUAACAUAAACGCCAAUUUAUUUUAUGAACAUACAUCAACACUGCUUGUCCAUAUUCUAAUCUUAGCACAAUUCGAUAAACUAAAAACAAGUAAUAAGUAACUAUUUAUCGAAUUUUUCACCCUCUUUUCUUGAUUUUAAAUCUGAAAAAAUAUCAUUCAUGAUAUCAGUACGAUUACUUUUAUAAUUUUCAAAUUAUGUAUGUAUGAAACGAUAUUAUGUUCUUUCAUGUGUCCUCGUAUUAUAUAUUUGAACAAAGGUUUCAAAUAAACAUUCAAAGCAUAUAUUUGGUCCUAUUCAGUAAAUGGAGCUAAUGAUUAUCUACUCUAUUGAAACUUCUGUUUGCAAAUUAACUUUGAAGAGUUUCAAGUUUUUGAAGUGUUUGAAUGAUAGUUACUUUAAUUUACCUCUAAUCCAUUAAGUGAAUUCAAAUUGAGUGCAACAUUGAUUGCAUGUCAUUUAGGAAUCAUCAAUUAAAUCAUAGCUUUAGAAAACGUUCGCACAAAUGACAUGGUGAACAACGAAAUAUUGGAAAUAUUGUGGGCGUGAUAGAAUGACCGUCUCUUAGGUGCAGAAUGGCGUUGCAGUUGGAUUUCGUAUUUUGUACACAGCAGUAUUAUCCGUAUAAAUAACACUGAAUAUCUUAAUGAUAUAGAUUUUGGCAAUUAGGUUUUGAAACAAAACAUCUAACUUAAAACAUAAGAGCUGUAUUCAAAACUUUGUUAAUAACCAAUGAUCACCUAACAACAAUUUUAUUCACCAAUAUUUACCGAAUGAAAACAAAAUUCCGCUAGGUUAUAUUGCCUGCCCUUUGCACCCUCUUAGUCAUUAUUUAAUUAUUACUUUCCACCUUAUUUCUCAGGAGUAGAAUUCUGAAAAUGCUUGAAGGACUUGGUUGGAACUUGCGAUAUGAUGGUAACGUGAAAGUGGCAAAUAUGAUAACUCUUGAGCAUUUUGUUGCAAAGCUAUAUUUUCACAAUGCAUCUAAUGGCAUUUGAAACGUUGUAAAGAAAUUAAAAAUGUGCACAGUGAAAGUUAUGACUAUUUGUCAUAGUGAUGUAGAGUCUUCUAAAAUUAGAUUUUUAAUUUCUUAAUAAAUGUCCAAGGCAUAAGUUGAAAACUACUGGAUGGAUUUGAAUGAAACUUAGUCCACUCAUUAAUUUUCCGGAUGAUCUUGAAUGAAUCUUUGACCAUUGAUAACUAAUUAGGUGACGCUUUUCACAGCAUGAAUUUGAACCCUUUGGCAAAUCCUUAAAAGGUUUUACCUUUUACUAUGAUUUUCUGUAAAGUUUGCCUGAAGCUUAGUACCUUAGAAACAAAUGGAAGGAAUUGUAACUUUAAACAAAGUGAGUGACAUAACUGAGGAUAGUUAUAAGAAAUAUGCAGAUUUACAGACAUUUUAAAUAUAUCAUCAAUUUUCGUUAAAGAAACUUUAUUCAAAGUCGCCCAAAUCGGAGGUUACGGAAGGGAAUGCAAUAAAACGUAACGCAUUGACAAAGAACAGUGUUAAAUCGUGAACUGUACAAAAGUUCCAAGUUAGCUCCCAUCUUUCUUCUAAUAACUUAAAAUACAUAUUGACCUGCAAUAUACUCUGAAAAAUGGGAAUCAUUUAAUAAAACACUUAAACCACAACCCAUUUCAGCCCACUUCUCUCCCCCUGUUUUUGUCAUUUUACUUAGGUCAUAUAUAAUGCCUGGAGUCUUUUAACUUUCUCCCGUUAAAGUGAUGUAAUGGAAUAUGCACGUUGACCUUCUUUGCAAAAAAGGAUUUUAAAGAUAUUUCUUUUUAAAUGACUCAACUACUCUAGGAAACACACAGAGGGUCCGACAAUGACACACUGUUCGUCAGUUUUAUAUAGUUAAAUAUUUGUAAUAUUAAACAUAUGUAUUGGGACCUUUUGUCUGAUAAAGAAAGUGUCAAAUCUCUAUAUGAAUUUAAGCCUAUUUUAGCUUAUACACGCCCUAGAUAUAUGCAAGAUUGUCUUAUAAAUAGUACUUUAAAUAACAUAUUUAACAUUUUCAUCCAAUAAGUGUUUAAACAUAGUUGUACACAUUGUAACACUAUAAAUGUUAGUUCACAUUUUCAGAGUAGCAUCACAGGUUUAACCUAUGAUUUACACUUUGAUUCUAAUUGUACUUCUAGCGAUGUAUUAUAUAUUAUAACAUGUAAAAUUGUAAUAUUCUAUAUGUUGAACAAACUAAUCAAUUUGUCUUUCGCAGAAUGAAUUAUCAUAGAUUUGAUAUCAAAAAGUGUUUAAACCUAUAUCAAAUGUUGCUAUCCAUUUCGGAUCACAAGAAAACAACUGCUUAUUGUCAGAUUUUUCCUUUCGUCCCAUAGCUGUUGUUUAUAAUAAUCAAGACCGCCUUUGUAAGGACACAUUCUGGAUCCGACAUGGAACAAAUGUGUUUAAAUUUGGAUUUUAC